GCUUAUUUGCUCACAAGGGGUGGCUAAGCAGGGAUGCUAUAUUUACCACCUUCUGUUGGAUGUGUAGCAUGAACUGAAUUCUUUGUCAGCGAGGUUUUUCUGUAUCUGAUGUCAUCAGCUGUGAGGGGACUGCAGCCUCGUCCUUUGUAUUUCCCGAGGACAACAAGUCACUUCUGCUCCCUAAAGACUGGACUUUUACGCCGUUUCAACAAUUAAGCUACACUGCUAUUAUGGCCACUCAAUCUGUGAUGUACCGAAAUCAAGAGCUUUCUACCCAUGAAAGGAGUCAGAGUCUCCAGACAGCUUCUACAACCACAAAGAAGAAAUUUAAGUCAAGUGAGGAAGAUGUUGAAACUCAAGCAGUUUUUCCUUUUGUAUCCCCUGAAGUACUAUCCUUGAAUGAACUCUUAUCUCUGAACUCUACAAGUCCAGUGAAAUCAUGUAUUAGGCAUUCUUCCAAAGCUGCAAAGUACCAGGGGAGACAGAAAAGGAAACUUUUUGGCAAUGAACUGGAGAGUGUUGAAGUUGAAGUGAUACAAACUAACAAGAUCAUCAGGCUCAAAGCUGACCGACAAGCAAUUCGAGCAAAGGCAGAGGAGAAGGCCACUCUAACAAAGAAAUUUCUUGAGCAAAGACAUCAGCGGUCCCCAGAAAUCAUGAUCCCUCUGCGCUCCCACAGCGUCUGGGAAAAAAUGAGUGUGAGGCUCUCCUGCACUAUUCUGGGGCGGCCAGUGCCAAAAGUCAAAUGGUACAAGAAUGGAGUUGAACUGCAGCCAUCUGUUUGCCCUGGGAAAUACACCAUUCACAACCAGUAUGGGCUGCACAUGUUGGACAUCAACAGAUGUAACCUUGAUGACACUGCAGAAUAUAAAACCGUGGCAAUAAAUGGUCUUGGAGAAGCCAGCUCCUAUGCUACUGUCCUCGUUAAGUCGCAUCAAGACAUGUAUUCCGGAUCAGAGUCCAUGAAAGACGUCGCUCCAGACACCAGGGUGGAAGCUGAUUUUGAUGAAACAUUCAAACCAUUGUUUCCAAGAGAGGGCGAAACGUUAACACUUGCCUGUACAUUUUCUUCAGAGUUGUUGGAACAUCAGGAAUGUCUUGCUUGGUUUAAGGACGGCAUUCCUCUGAAGGAGACAAAGUGGUUGCAGCUCCACACAUCUCCCCGCCUGGCCUCCUUGAAGAUUUCUCACAUUUAUAAAGAGGAUGAGGGGCUGUACUCUGUUCACCUGCCAACACAUACUGGAGUGAAGCGCCAUAAUGCCUAUAUUUACGUUAGAGAUGCAGUGGCAGAUGAAGCAGGAGUACCUGGAUCUCCACUGGAUGUGCAGUGCACUGACAUAAAUAAAGAUUAUGUUUUUCUUACUUGGAAACCACCAAGUGCAGAUGGAGGAAGCCCGGUGACAGGGUACUAUGUUGAAAGAUGUGAAAGAGGAACUGCAGAAUGGGUUCAGUGCAAUGAUGAGCCCCAUAAACUCUGCAGAUUUCCACUGCAAGGCCUUACAAAUGGGAAAACCUAUUACUUCAGAGUGCGGGCUGUGAACAAAGUCGGGAUUAGCCGGCCAUCUAUGAAGACCGAACCAGUGACCGUAUCAGAUCCUUCAGAAGCAGGGAGAAUCAUGGUCAUUGACCUGGACCAUGGCAAGCAGAUUACAGUAACAAAAGAUGAAAUUGAAGGUGACAUCCGAAUUCCAUUACCCCCUACUCAAGUGCAGGCCAGCGAGGUCAGCGGCAGCUACAUUGUCCUAAACUGGAUGGAGCCAGAUCCCAGGGGCAGAGAACCUCUCAACUAUUAUGUAGAAAAGGCAGAAGCAGGAAGCAACAGAUGGCAGAUGGCCAACUUCGAGAUUCCAGUCAGUUCUCCUAGAUUCCCAGUUUUCGGCCUAAACAAAGACAAGUCUUAUCAGUUCCGUGUCAAAUCUGUGAAUAAGUAUGGAGUUAGUGAGCCAUCUCUUCCAAGUGAACCCAUCCAUCUGAGAGAUACAUUUGUACGCCCUCCACCGCCACGGGAUGUUGUGGCCUGUAGGAAUACAAACACAUCUGUUGUUCUGCAGUGGAAAUGCCCACAGACCCAAGAAGAAAUUGGUGGCUACUACAUGUAUAGUCGCCAGGCUGGAAGUAACGAGUGGGUAACAAUAAACAACAAACCAGUGACAUGCACGCGAUUUACAGUUGAUGGUCUUCUGUCUCAGAAAGAAUACACUUUCCGGGUAAAGGCAGUGAACACCGCUGGCACCAGCGAGUUCUCGGAGGAAUCAGAGCCCAUCCUUGUGAAGGCUGCAAUAUCGACUCCUUCUCCUCCUCUGGACGUUGCCCUGCUCAGCUGUGGACGCAAUGACAUGGUGAUUGGGUGGAAGGUCCCAAAGUUUACUGGCGCAGCUGAAAUCCAAGGAUACUUUCUGGACCAGUGUGAUGUUUCUGACCAAAUGUGGCAUGAAGUGAACAUCAAACCCCAUGUGACAAGAGUUUUCAAGGUAAAAAAUCUUCAGGAAGGUCACUUCUAUCAGUUUAGAGCCAUGGCUAUGAAUGCUGCAGGUGUUGGAGCCCCAUCAAAGCCCAGCAAUCCAUUUCUGUGCAGGGAAUGGACAAUGCCACAACCUGGCCCACCAUAUGAUGUGGUAUGUCGAGAGGUUCGAGAAAAUUCAUUGGUGCUUCUCUGGGAGCCACCUAUCUAUACUGGCCAGAGUCCAGUCACUGGCUACUUAAUUGAAGCACGUAAAGCAGGAUCUGAGGUGUGGACGGCAGUAACGACUGAGCAAACACAAAAAACAUGGCUGAAGGUAUCAAACCUGGAAAGUGGCCAAACCUAUGCAUUCAGAGUUUCUGCGGUCAAUUCAGCAGGAGCUGGUGAAUUUUCCAUGCCUUCCCAAGAUGUGUGCAUUGAAAUCAAAGCAGGUUUGAAAGACAUUGAAAUUGGUGUAGAUGAAGACGGCUUUAUAUUCCUCUCAUUCCAAACACCAGAGACGAGUGACUCCUCUCAGGCUCAAUGGAUGAAAAACUACAAAGAUGAUCUUGAUGCCGGAAGGGUCCAGAAAGUAGCAGAAGGCAACAGAUCAAAGUUGGUGUUUAAAAAUCCUUCUGAAGAUGACCUCGGUCUUUAUACUGUAGAAAUGUUGGAUGCUGAUGGAUUCUCCUCUAGCUACGACUUCACUAAAGAAGAUCUUGAAAGGAUGUUGAAGCUCAGCUGGGACGUAAGAAAUCCAUUGAUAGGUAUGAAAUCUGACUGGGCAGUCGAUGUACUGGACAAUGGCACCGUGAGGCUGUGGCUGCAGGUUGAAAAGCUGAGCCCAUCUGCAGAGCUGAAGCUGAUUUUCAAUGACAAGGAGAUCUCCAGUACACCUGCACGCAAAAUCAACUUUGACAGAGCUAAUGGCUUACUUGAAAUUCUGAUUGACGAUUUCUCUGAGGCUGAUGAAGGUUCCUACACUGCCCAGCUUAAAGAUGGCCGAGCCAAGAAUCAAUUCACUUUAGUGCUGAUAGAUGAGUGUUUCAGAAAAACACUGGCUAAGUCAAAGUUUAAUAGACAUGACUGGAAAAGGAAGAUGGGGCCUUACUUUCUCGAGCCUCUGUCCUGGAAAAUCACAGAUGAUUGUGAGCUUCUUAUUUCAUGCAAGGCCACCAACCUGAAGAAAGAAAGCAUUCUGAAAUGGUUCAAAGAUAGGAAGGAGCUUUCAGACUUUCAUUUCAAUCCCCAGGAUGGCCAGAGCUCCUUACUUCUGAAAGAGGUUACAAAAGUGGACAUGGGAGAGUAUAAAACUGUGCUGUCAGACACAAGAGGGGAAGACACCAGUCUCUUAAAUUUGGGAGAUGAAGAUUUUAAGAUGGUUCUUAAGGAGCUGUGCAGAGUUGCUGCUUUAUCUGCAAGUGGACUGAAGAUCCAGAGCACUGCAGAUGGCUUCCAGCUUUAUUGCUCACUAAAGUAUUAUUUGGAAGACAUUAAAACAAACUGGCGAUUCAAAGAGAAGAAGUUAGAAGAUGAUAAGAGAAUAAAGAAAGGAAGCAGCAUUCACAAAGUAUGGAUUGACAUUUUCAACCCCACUGAAGCUGACAAGGGGAAAUACGUGCUGGAACUAUGUGAUGACAAACAGACAUACCUAAGGACACUGGACCUGUCUGGGCAUGUUUUUGAUGAAGCUUUUGAAGAAUAUCAGAGGCUGAGGCAGGCAGCAAUUGCGGAAAAAAAUCGAGCCAAAGUGACUAAAGGUUUACCUGAUGUGGUGGCUAUCAUGGAAGAUAAGACUCUGUGUCUCACUUGUGGCUUUGCUGGAGAUCCCAUCCCUGAAAUCAACUGGACAAAGAAUGACAAGCUAAUUAUUGUGGGAGACCAGUACAAAAUAAUCAAUGACUCAAACAGCAGUGCCAUAACAAUAAACAAAGUGUCAUCUGAUGAUUCUGGCAAAUACACCAUUCAUGUAAAAAACAAAUACGGCACAGAAGAGGCAACCGUUACUGUCAGUGUCUACAAGCAUGGCGAGACACCCAUAGAAGGAGUUCUCCUGAUUUAGGAAAAUGUAUACUUUCUCAUGAGGGAAAAUGAAAAGUGGCUACUGUAUGUUUUCAUCAAUGGAAGUUUAAAUCAAAAGUCUUUUGUCUAAAGAAACAAUAUAUUUAAAAAUUUUCUAUAAAGGGAACUGUCAUGUGGGAUUAAUAGAGGAGUCAUGAAAAGCUGGUCUCUAUUUAUUUGACAGUGUUGUGAACUUGGUUCACUUCUUAAAGGUCAAACUGCAUAUAAUAACCAAGAAACAAAAAAGUUAGCAUGUAGUGGUUUAGGCUGCAGGGAAACAAAAACAUUUCCUAAGUCUUAUGAAUAAUAUGAAUCCUAAACUUUAUCUCAAGACUAAAAAUAUAAAAUUGAAUUUUAAAGAUGAAAGUUUCCUUUUUCCCUAGCCUGACAAUUAGACACCUUUUCCAGUUAGUGUAAUACAGAUGUCACAAAAUGAAUAAGAUUUAUAUUAAAGAGAACUGUAUUUACAAAAUUA